GAAGCGGAAGGUAAUGGAAAGAUCGAAGGGAAACGUCCAUUUCCCAUUUCCAGCGGACCAUAAGUUUCCGUCGUCCUCAUCUUUUAUUAUUAUUAUGAACAAACCCUAAUUUCUCCCCCUUUAAUUCGAAUCAUUGCUGCGCUCUCUUCUUCAGAUUCGAAUCUUCACAUUGGUAAUUUCAUCUAUACACGCCUACCAAUAUACCAAACUCUCUGUGCUUGGAUUGGAUGGAUGUAUGAUUUCUAUUUCAUUUUUAUGAAUCGCCUUGUCUUCGGACGUUGAUAUUUGAUUUUUUGUUAUAUUCGCUUCAGAAUUUCGUCAGUCUUCUGUGAUUUACAGAUUCAUUUUUCAUCUAUAGCCUGAUAUCUGUUCUUCCCGAUUUGUUGUCUAUCUUCGAAAAUCUGUUUUGUUACGUUUUUUCCCUUGUAUUUCAAUGGCGAAUGGUGACGAAGCGGACGAAUAUCUGGUCUCUGGCGCUCGUCAUGGGUUGAAGCGUGAGUUUGCAUUUAUUUUAUCUCAAGCAGCAUUUGCUACUCCUCCUGGACGGACACGUGCUCAGAGGUCAAAUAAUGCAUUGGUGGCAAACGACGUAUUCAGAGAUUUGGGGAAGAAGAGGGCUAAGACGUUGGGGGGUUCAAAGAUUCGAACUAAUAUUAGUGAUACGCCCACUGCUCACUGUGAUAAACCUUUGAGGGAGGAGGAGGAGAGCGCGACGGAGAGGCAGAUUUGUGGUGAUUUAAAAGAAGAUGAGAAGACCGUUUCACCUGCUGAGGAGGAGUCGAAAAGUGACGUGGUUGACAUGUCCAGUGAUGAAGAACAAAACAAGAGCAUUUUGGUUGAAUCAAAGGCGGAAUCAUUUGACAAUGAAUCGCCCGAAGUUUUUAAUGACACAAAAGAGAGUGAUAUGGAUAGUUCUCCUCUCAUUGAGGAUCCGUCAGAAGUUGAACCAGGCCCUUCUUAUGAGGUAGGACAUGUCAGUGAACCACCAGCGUCAUACGGUACUCCACAGAAGAGCGCGAUUCCUUCAGCUACAAUAACAAAAGAAGAACUAUUGGAAUCGUCAUCUAAUGCAGAUACUGUAACAAGCAAAUUGGAAAACAAAACACCAAAACGGCUUGGGCUGAAGAAAUCUCCAAAGAAGUUGAAGGAACUUCUGCAAUCCGGGUUGCUUGAGGGUUUGCAAGUGAGGUACCUUAGGGGUCCAAAGACAAGAGGGCCUACGGAUAUGGGUCUUCAGGGAACGAUUAAUGGCACGGGAAUAACAUGUUCUUGUGAUAUGUGUAGAGGAAUUCAAGUUGUGAGCCCAAAUAAGUUUGAAUUGCAUGCAGGUAGUGCAAACAAGCGUCCUGCAGAGUAUAUAUUUUUGCUGAAUGGAAAGAGUCUCAGAGACGUGUUGAAUGUCUGUAAAGAUAAUCCUUUAGAAGGCUUGGAAGUAGUUGUUAAUAACUUUAUCAGUUGUUUGUCCGAUAAGGAAUCAAUUUCUUGUCUUCGCGGCAAAGGGUCUAUUGCUAAGGUGGGUGUGGGUAAAACACAGAAGUUGUCUGAUUCUUUGAAGAUUUUAAAGGAACCCAUACGCACAUCACCUGCUAUUUUGAAGGAUUCUGAAUGCGUUUCUAGUACAAUCUUGAAGGAGUCUGAUGAUAAUUCACCUACGAUGAUGUUGGAUCUCAAACGCGAUUCACCAAGGAUCCUGGUGGAUUCUGAACCUUGCACUACUCCGUCUAUGGAAGUUAUUAAUGGGUCUCUUAUGGCAACUUCCAUGCAGGUGGUACCCAUUCCUAAUAUGUCUGUUAACAAAUCUCUGCAAAGCAAGUCCCAAGGAAAAUUGACUAGAAAGGAUCUCCGGAUGCACAAGUUAGUAUUUGAAGAGGAUGUGCUUCCAGAUGGAACUGCGCUAGCUUACUAUGCUCGUGGAGAGAAAUGUGCAGAAGGCUACAAGAAGGGGUUUGGAAUAUUUUGCUUCUGCUGCAAUGCCGUGGUUAGCCCUUCCCAGUUUGAAGCUCACGCUGGCUGUGCUUCACGUCGUAAACCUUACUUGCAUAUUUAUGCGUCAAAUGGAGUUUCUCUCCACGAGCUGUCAGUUGCAUUAACAAAAACACGUAAAGUCUCUCAAGAGGAAAAGGAUGACAUGUGUUCAAUCUGUGGAGAUGGAGGGGAACUUCUGUGUUGUGAUUCCUGCCCUAGAGUUUUCCACACAGUUUGUGUUUCAUUACCUGCCAUCCCUGAGAAUGACUGGUACUGCAAGUAUUGCCAGAAUACUUUCCAGAAAGAGAAAUUUGUGGAGCGUAAUGCUAAUGCUGUUGCAGCCGGAAGAGUUGCAGGAAUAGAUCCAUUAGAACAGAUUACAAAGCGAUGUAUACGAAUUCUUGAGGUGGUGGCAGAGGCCGAUAAUGGUGGAUGCACAUUAUGCGGGGGACAUGACUUCAAUAAAACUGGAUUUGGAACUCGAACAGUCAUAAUAUGUGAUCAGUGUGAGAGGGAAUAUCAUGUUGGUUGUUUGAAGGAACAUAAUAUGGAUGAUCUAAAGGCAUUGCCAGAGGGUUCGUGGUUCUGUUGCACAGACUGCAACAAAAUCCAUUCUACUUUGGAGAACCUGCUUGUUAGUGGGGAGAUGAAGCUGACAGAAUCUUCAAUGAGUCUCAUAAGGAAGAAGCUAGAUGAGAAAGUUUCUAAUACUGGUGCAGAACUCGAUAUAAAAUGGAGGCUAUUGAGUGGGAAGAUGGCUUCAGAUGAAACUAAAGCUGUGCUUUCUCAGACUGUGUCCAUAUUCCAUGAUCGGUUUGACCCAAUAGCAGAUUCAAAAUCAAGCUCCUCUGAUCAUCUUGAUCUUAUACCACACAUGGUUUACGGAAGGAACUGGAACGGUCAAGAUCUCGGUGGAAUGUACUGUGCUGUAUUAUCUGUCAAUUCAAUGAUAGUAUCUGCUGGUGUUUUCCGGAUUUUUGGAACUGAAGUGGCAGAACUUCCUUUGGUAGCAACCAACAUUGAUUUCCAAGGAUUGGGUUACUUCCAAUCAUUGUUUAGUUGUAUUGAAGACCUUCUAGUAUCUCUUAAUGUAAAAGACUUUGUGCUACCUUCUGCGGAAGAAGCCAAAUCAAUAUGGACAAAUAAAUUUGGAUUUGCAGAGAUGGAUGAGAAUGAGCUAAAGCAAUACAGGAAACAUUAUCAGAUGAUGGUCUUCCAAGGGACCACUAUGCUUCAUAAGUCCAUUAUGAAAUAAACUUAUUUGAGGAUGAUGACAACGAAGAUGAUGAUUUGAAGCUGUACAGCUUAUGUGGAUUCAUUUUCCAUGUACAGAAAAAAAGAAGAAAGAAUAUAGAUAGACAUAUAUGAUUAGUCUGCUUUGACAGCUGAAAGUUUAUUUUUAUUUUAUUCUUUGGUUGGAAAGAAAUGCUCAAAAGAACACCCUGAUAAUACAUAUAGUUAGAUUCUGCUGUUGUUUUUUUUGAAAGAAAAAAAAGAUAGAUAUAUAAUUGAGAAAACCAGAUGAAUUUUCUUGUAGGUGAAUGAAUACCCAAUUUGUUUGUUUUGUAAUUUCUAUUAUGGGAUUGAUAUAUA